AUGGCAAAUGGCGGCUGCAGUAGGUAUUACUCGCGAGGAGGAGGCGGCGGCGGCGGCGGCAGCAGCAGCAAGAUGAUCAGCACCAGCAGCAACCUGAACGCGGACUCCAGUAGCUACUACUCGGGAGGAGGAGGCGGCGGCGGCAUUAAGAUGAACAGCACCAGCAGCAACCUGAACGCGGACUCCUCCUCUGCGAUCAACGCGGCCAUCAUCCCCAUGACCAUGGAGGUCCCCUGCGACCGCGGGCAGCGCAUGUGGUGGGCCUUCCUGGCCUCGUCCAUGGUCACCUUUUUCGGGGGACUCUUUCUCACCCUGCUCUGGAGGACCCUCAAGUACCUGUGCUGCCACUGUGGGGGCAUGGAGAAGAAACCAGACCUUCAGGUGCAGAAACCGCACAUGCGUGCACAGUCGCACAUCCUUUGA